AUGGCUGAGUACACCAAAAAUGUUAUUAGAAAGGUGGAAGAAGUUUUAGAGAGGUUAGAAGUGGUGCGUUUUUCAGGAAGUGAAGUAGUUCUUUACGAGGAGAAAGACAAUCUAAUUCAAAAAUACCAUUUGUUAGUGAAAAAAUUGCGUGAAGAAAAAGAAACUAUCUCACGGCAGAUGGAAAAAAAAAUAAUGAUUGUGACUCCUCUGCGACAAAAGACAGUCAAAAGUGGUUAUUGUUACUUUUGUGAUAUUAGUUAUGAAACUGACUUUCCUUAUAAAUUGAAGGUAGAAGAGCAAAAUACUUUAGGAAUUGUAAUUCCGGAAGGGGCCGCUUUUUGUUCCCAAGAGUGCUUAUUAAGUCACUGUAAGGAGUAUAAAAAUAGAGAAAAACUUCGCCAAGCCGAAGAAAAAAGAAAUAAAGAAAAAAUCACUCAGGACAAAAAAAUGAUUACUGAAAUUCAAGGGCGAAUGGCCAGUUUGACUGAAAGGAUAAACAGGUUAGAAAGAAGAGAGCGAGAAUUAGAAUUAUUACCAGAGGGCAACCAAAUAGAAAAGCCAGAAGAGGUUGGUUUCUUUCGCCGUCUUGGCCAAAAAUUAGGCUUAGCCAGGAAGCCUCACCCUCUUUCUAAACUAGAAAGAGUAAGAAAAUUAAAAGAGGAAUUAAAUAUUGAGUUGGAAAAGACUGGAGAAGAAUUACAAAAAUCUUUAGUAAUCCUUUCCCUCGACGAACAAAAGGAAGAAGAAAGAAAAAGGUUAGAAAAAAAAAUUAUUUUGGAAAAAGGAAGAAUUGCUAAAAAAGAAAAAGAAGAAGAAAUAUAUGAGUAA